AUGUCUAUUUCGAACGAUAGCACUAUGUCGCACGAACUACCCAGUCGGGUUCCGGGGACAGUUCAUCUUGUAGAUAUAGAUCAUUCAAUGCGGACUCGUCAUGCAAAUGGAAACGGCGAUAUAGUUCUGGAUCCAACACCAUCUAGCGACCCUAAUGAUCCCCUCAAUUGGUCUCCUCGUCGCAAACUCUUGUCACUGAUCUGCCAAAAUUUAUAUACUUGGUUCACUGGCAUUUCGGUGUCAACCGUUUACUCCGUCCUUGUUCCCCUAUCUAAGGCUUCUGGAGUUUCCACUGACACGUUGAAUCAAGGAACAGGAUAUAUGUUUUUGUUCCUGGGUUGGAGUUUACUGUUUUGGCAGCCAUUUUCACUCCGAUAUGGUAAACGUCUCACGUUUUUGCUAUCCAUUGCCGGAGGUAUUGGGACAUCAAUUUGGAGUGCAUACGUAACAAGCAACGGCGAGUGGAUAGCCAAGUGUAUCUUGCAAGGUUUCUUCAUUGCUCCUAUCGAAGCCCUUCCGGAGAUUUGUGUGACUGAUCUGUAUUUCACACACGAACGCGGCACCUAUAUGGGUAUUUAUGCUCUGACCCUGGCAGGUAGUAAUUACUUUGCUCCUGUGAUAUGUGGAUUCAUCGCCGAGUACCAGGGAUGGAGAUGGGUAUUUUACUGGCCGGCUAUUUUUCUAGGUGCUGUCUUUGUCUUCUUGGCCUUGUUCAUGGAAGAGACCACCUACAAUCGUAGUAAAUCAACAGUGACCCAAGUAGACGGAUUGUCGCGGCCCGAACUCUCCGUAGGAGAAAAGACAGCUGUCGCCACCCCGACGCCUCGCAUGGCAGAAGACGGAUAUAUUGACAGUCAACCAAAGUCAUUUGUUGCUAAGAUGUCGAUUGGGCGAACCAAUCCAGGUCAAAACAUGUUCAAACAUGCAAUUCAAAGCCUGAGGUUUCUGGGGUGGCCGGUCAUCUUUUACGCAGGCUUCUCAUACGGGUGUUAUCUGAUCUGGUUCAAUAUUCUUAACGCGACAGCCUCCAUCAUCCUUUCAGGCGCACCUUAUCAUUUUGGCUCAUCAAUGGUUGGCCUCAGUUACCUGUCUUGUUGCAUUGGCGUUAUUAUCGCGUCGAUUGUGUCUGGCAGGUUGAGUGAUUGGCUGACCAUUAAGCUCGCGCGCCGUAAUAACGGCAUUAUGGAGGCCGAACAUCGCUUAUGGCCAUUUGCUAUUUGUGUUAUUACGGUACCAUCAUCUCUCAUACUGUGGGGUGUUGGCGCUCAGCAUGGUGUUCAUUGGUUUGGGCUGAUAUUUGGAAUGGGCGUCCUCGCUUUUACCUCGACAAUGGGGAUCACGCUAAGUGUAAACUACAUGAUUGACAGUUACCAUGACAUCAGCACUGAUGCCAUCGUGACUGUUAUUCUUGUACGCAAUACAAUGUCAUUUGCAAUUGGAUAUGGAAUCACACCAUGGCUGACGAAUCUCGGAUACCAAAAUUGUUUUAUUUCGGCAGCUUUUAUCGGUAUGGCUGUCUCGUUAGUUUUCUUGGUCAUGGUUAAAUACGGGAAGUCCUUGAGGGUUCGGAGUGCCAGCAAAUACUGGGCUAUGGUUAACCGUGAUAAAUCCACCGAGGACAACUAACUUCAGAAGAAAUGAAGGGCUACGACGUUGUCCUGGGCUGGCAGUGAACUAGCAAGCUCUGCAUGACGAAAUACAUAGUAUAGAUGUUCAAUGUUCAUAUCAAAUGCCUUUCGAUUAAU